GCUCGCACCCUGGCCGCCGCGUGGGGUUCUCCUUCUGGAGCAUUAAAAUGACCCCCAGAAGUGGGGCUCGCAGACAGUGCAGAAGCUGGCUGCCCUGUUGCUACUAGAGUGCGUGUGUGGGGGGUCAUUUCUUUGGUGGGGGGUUAGCCUGGGUGCUCCCUGCUGAAUGUUACCCCCAGAGGAAGAGAAGAGUUUGCCUCUUCCAGAGAGAUGGCCCCGAUCCAGCAAGUUCGUGCUCUCAGCCUGUGCAGCAGCUGUGGCAGAACUAGUGACCUUUCCCCUGGACCUCACAAAAACUCGCCUGCAGAUCCAAGGUGAAGCUGCCACGCAUCGUCAUGAAGCUGCGCCUUACCGUGGCAUGCUGCGUACUGCAGCAGGGAUUGUUCAAGAGGAAGGCUUGCUAAAACUCUGGCAAGGAGCAACACCCGCAGUCUACAGACACAUAGUAUACAGUGGAGUACGGAUGGUUGCUUAUGAACAUAUUCGUGACUCUGUUCUUGGCAGAGCUGAAGAUGAAAGCUUUCCUCUUUGGAAAGCUGUAGUUGGAGGGAUGACAGCGGGUGCCCUUGGUCAGUUUUUUGCCAGUCCAACUGAUCUGGUGAAGGUCCAGAUGCAGAUGGAAGGAAGAAGAAGGCUAGAAGGGAAACCAUCACGAUUUCGUGGUGUGCACCAUGCAUUUGUGAAGAUCCUGUCUGAGGGAGGAAUACGGGGCCUAUGGGCAGGAUGGGUGCCAAAUGUCCAAAGAGCUGCUCUUGUAAACAUGGGAGAUCUGACCACUUAUGAUUCAGUGAAACACUUCCUACUACGGAACACACCACUUCAUGACAACAGCGUGACUCACAGCAUAGCCAGUGGAUGUUCUGGCCUGGUAGCUGCUAUUCUGGGAACUCCUGCCGAUGUAGUCAAAACCAGGAUAAUGAACCAGCCAAGAGAUGAAGUGGGAAGAGGCUUACUCUAUAAGUCCUCUACAGACUGCUUGAUUCGAACAAUACAAGGUGAAGGAUUUAUGUCUCUUUACAAAGGCUUCAUACCAACCUGGAUGCGAAUGGCUCCGUGGUCAUUGGUGUUCUGGCUCACUUAUGAACAAAUCAGAAGGAUCUGUGGAGUUAGUUCGUUUUAAAAUCUUUUGAAAUCAUGCCCUGAGUCAUAAAACAGAUGAAGAAUUACAAAUCCAGUAGCUCCCCAAUUAACAGUACUUCACCAGAGAGAAAUUAACUGGUAGUAGUAUCACACCUCAAGAUCAGUCCCCUUUAGUAGUCAUUUAAUGCUACGUGCUGAUUGCUGCUUGGCAGAUGACUGUAUGUGAACUAAACUGGUGGGUCCGUAGAGCAAGUGUCCAUUACGGGAAAAAAUGCUGCUUCACUUGGUAGUAAACAUCAGCCAUGCUGGGAGAUGUACUGCUGCACAGUGUGUAUUCUUUGGAUAAAUAAAGGACUCCAGUCAUUCA